AUGAUGAUCGUUGAAACUGAAUACAGAGAUAGUGCACUUCGUAAGGUAACGAAGUUGAGAGAGAAGUUCGCAAGAGUAGAGGAGGAAACGGAGACCGAACGGAAGAGUAGAACAUAUUUGGAGGCCAGACAAGCUGUUGCAUUAGCCGAACAGGCCACCUUAUCGGCGCAUUUUUCUGCGUUUAUGUGGCAGUCAGGAUACCCGGAGAGUAGAUUCCCAGCACCAGCACCCGCACCCUUUUUGUUAAAGACUUAUGAUUUGGUGGAGGAGGGAGAAGAGAAUAGGAGGAGGGUGGUGUCAUGGAAUGAGGUGGGGAACGGUUUCGUGGUGUGGUCUCCGUCGGAGCAGAUGUUACCGCGCUACUUCAAGCACAAUAAUUUCUCCAGCUUCAUUCGUCAACUCAACACCUAUCACCUAUGUAUAUUUUAUAAUUUACAGGGGUUCAAGAAAACAAGUUCAAAAAGAUGGGAAUUUAAACAUGAAAAGAUUCAAAAGGGACAUAAACACCUGUUGAUGGAAAUCAUCAGAAAGAAGUGCGAAGCCAGUGGAUUUCCAGCAUGCUUAAAACCUGAAACACCAUCAUCAGCCUCAUCCAUUGAAGAUCAAGAAAGUAUGCUUUUACUCAUGGAAGAAAACAAGAACUUGAAAAGAGAGACAAUGGAACUGCAAAUGGAGAUACAACAUAUGAAAUCAUUGGAAAUCAAGCUCACGGAUUGUGUUUCUCAGUAUAUGGGGAGCACCACAAAUCAUCAAUAUCAAUAUCUAACACAAAGAUGGUGAUAAAAUUAGGAGGUUGUGUUGAUUGCAAGACUUAUUUUUUUCUUUCGUUAAGUAUGUUAA